CCCAGAAGCACAGCCAUGUACUUUGCCUGGUCUGGCAUCGACUCCAACUGGACGGCUGCGGACUCUGGUAUCAACAACGCUGUGGACAUCCUGGUGAUGGUUUUGUACCUCCUGCUGGUCCUGGGCAUCGGGCUGUGGGCUAUGCUAUCAAGCAGCCGUGGAACUGUAGAAGACUUCUUCCUGGCUGGCCGAAAUCUAUCAUGGUGGCUGACAGGCGCUUCUCUUUUUGCCUCAAACAUUGGCACCUCCCACUUUAUGGGCCUGGCUGGAUCAGGAGCAACUUCAGGGAUUGCUGUUGGGGCCUUCGAGUGGAACGCUCCAUUUCUGCUCUGUGUUCUUGGUUGGAUAUUUUCUCCAAUUUACAUUAAAGCUGGGGUGGUGACAACGCCAGAAUAUUUGAGGAAGAGGUUUGGUGGCUGCCGGAUCCAGUUGCUCCUUGCUAUUCUGUACUUACUCCUCUAUAUGUUCCAUAAGAUCUCAAUGGAGAUCUGCACGGGCGCCUUGUUCAUGAGGCUCGUUCUCGGGCUGGAUGUUUACGUGAUCACCAUAGCGCUGCUGACAAUUACUGGUAUUUAUACCGUAACAGGUGGUUUUGCAGCUGUGGUUUAUACUGAUACCUUACAUGCCGGCGUUAUGAUUCUGGGAUCAGUCUUGCUAAUGGGCUUCGCCUUUAAGGAAGUGGGAGGAUACCAGGAGCUACUGCAUAAAUACUUAAAUGCUAAACCAAGCAUAACCCAGGAAGGAAACUGGACUGCCAAGCCGGAAUGCUACCUCCCCCGCCUGGAUUCUUUUCAUAUCUACAGAGACCCCGUCACUGGAGACUUCCCCUGGCCUGGAGUCGUCUUUGGCAUGCCCAUCCUCUCCCUCUACUACUGGUGCACCGACCAGAUUUUUGUCCAGCGGUGCCUGGCAGGGAAGAACAUGUCUCACGUGAAGGGCAGCUGUGCCCUUUGCGGAUACCUGAAGCUGCUGCCCAUGUUCAGUAUUGUGAUGCCCGGAAUGAUCAGCCGCAUCCUGUACACAGACAAGGUGGCAUGUGUCACACCUUCCGAAUGUGAAAAGUACUGCGGCGACGGAACGACCUGCAGCCCCAUCGCCUACUCAGUGCUGAUAGUAGGGCUGCUGCCCAAAGGUGCACGAGGCUUGAUGCUGUCCACACUGUGGGCCUCUCUCAUGUCCUCCCUGACUUCUGUUUUCAACAGUGCCAGUGCCCUCUUCACACUGGACAUCUAUACCCAGAUACGGCCUACGGCCACUGAAAAGGAGCUCAUGGUAACAGGAAGGUUUUUUGUUAUAAUCUUACUUGCUCUCACCACCAUCUGGGUCCACGUUGUUCAAAUGGGGCACAGCGAACAGCUGUUUGACUACAUGCAGGCAGUUAUGAGUUACCUGGUGCCGCCCACUGCUGCCAUCUUCCUGCUCGCCAUAUUUUGCAAGAGAGUCACUGAGCAGGGUGCCUUCUGGGGGCUGAUUGGAGGACUCCUGAUUGGCUUCAUUCGAAUGGUCUCCGAGUUUGUCCACGGACCCCACACCUGCUCAGCAAAGAACAAGUGCCCUCCGAUCAUCUGUGGCGUGCACUACCUCUAUUUCACCAUAUUCCUCUUUGUAGUCAGCCUCUUCAUCAUCCUGGGGAUCUCCUUGUUCACAGACCCAAUCCCGGAUAAACACCUCCACCGGCUCUGUUGGAGUUUACGAAAUAGCGAAGAGGAAAGGGUAGACCUGGAUGCAGAAAUACCAGGGAGGAGACACGCAGCACGAGCACAACCAGAUUUUUUCAUGGGGCCCCAGAGGUGCCUGUGGGAUGCCUUGGACGUGUUCUGUGGCCUGGAGCCGAAGCCAGGCUCCCGACUGGCUCCAGAGAAGGCAACCACAGAGAAGGUGAAGAAGCAUGGUGCCCCAUCUGAAGAGACCGAGCGCAGUGACACGCGGGAAGGGACAAAGCGCCAUGACACAUCGGAGUCGCCAUUCUGGAGAAAAGCUGUCAAUGUCAGUGGGUUCCUCUUGAUAUUGAUCACAGUCCUGUGCCACAUCAUCUUCCACUGA